AUGGGCGGGUGCUUCUCUUCGUCGACGUCCGGCGGCGCGUACUACCACGAGGAGUACUCGGCGGCCGGGUGCCGGCGGCCGCAGCGCGUGCGGCCGAGCGACGAGGACGGCCUCUACUACGUCGGCGAGCGGGACGUGGACAACAAGGCCGGCAUCUACAUCGCCAAGUUCCACCGCUACCAGUCCGAGGUCGUGCCGCAGACGCCCGCGCCGUCCUCGGCCGCCGCUCGAGCUGUGAUCGCCGGCUGA